CGCCCCCUACCGGCGGAGGCACCAACAGACACCAAACUGAUGACGUGGUUCGGUCCGUUGACCAGAGCAGCAGUAUGGCCGACCAGAGCAGGCAAAUAAAACUCGCUGCAGCUAAGAAAAAGCUGAAGGAGUUUCAGCAGAAGAGCUCCCCUGCUAGUGUGGGAGGAGAAAAGGGUGGUGGAGGUGGUGGAGGUGGUGGCGGCGGAGCAGGGGCCAAGAAGAAGAGGAAGGUGAAGGGACUAAGCCAACACGAUGCACCUUCGUCGGACAGAAACUCUCCAGACAAUUUUGACAGUAUUCUGAAAGCACUUAGUCAAAGCAAUGGGAUAGUCCUUCCUCCUUAUGGCAACAGUCAGACCUUUGCCGACGUGGAGGCCAAGGGGUCUUCAGUUCCCCAGCUGCUGGAGGAACCAAAGGGCGAGCCCGGCCACGGCUCAACCGUGUCUAACCCCGCUAGCGCUAACACUACUACUAACCCUGAGUCUGUCGGUCACAACACUGACCUGCAGGAAUAUCCUGAUACCAACGGCAAUGAAAGUUUAACAGAGGAAACUAGACCACUGUCUUCCACUGAGAGCCUGCGACAGCUCUCACAGCAACUGAACGGCCUGGUCUCUGAGUCAUCUGCUGCGUAUGUGAAUGGGGACAGUGCCUCGUCUUCUGUCAGCGAGAGAGAACUGGAGAGUCGGAACCAGGAGCUGGCAGCCGCCCUGGAAUCCAGCAACCUAACAAACUCUCAGCUCAAUACCAAGCUAGACCAGCUGGCACAGCAAUCUCAGGGGCUCUCAGAUCAGCUACAAAAGGAGAGAAAAGAAUUUGAACAGAGGUAUUCAAAAGAGCAGGGAGCCAUGCGGGAGCAAUUACAGGUACACAUCCAGACCAUUGGUAUACUGGUAUCAGAGAAGUCAGAGCUGCAAACAGCACUACAAUACACACAACAGGCUGCACGGCAGAAAACAGCUGAGACAGAGGAGUUGAAUAACCGGCUGCAGGCAACAAAGCAGAGAGUGUCAGAGUUGGAGAGAACUCUCUCCUCUGUCUCAACACAGCAGAAACAAUUUGAAAAGCACAACAAAGAUCUUGAAAAGGAGAGAGACAACCUGAGGCUAGAGAUGUUCAGACUAAACAAUUUGAGUGACGAAUCAAAGCAGCAGAACUCUGAGAUGUCAGAGCAGCUGAAGCUGAGUGCGAAGGAGAAUGGAGCAAUGAGGCUCGAGGUGGAAGAUCUUCGCAAGAGGCUCGAGAUAGCUGACCUCAUGUUGCAACAGUGCUCCAGUCAGUCAGAUCCCACCAGUGUCAAUCAGCAGGUCCAGUUACUGCUGGAAGAGAAGCAGCAGCUGGAGGCACACAAUCACCAGCUUAUGGAGUCAAUUUCCCAGCUAAAGACAGAGAGGGACUGCUACGCAGAGCAGAUCCAGGAGGAGGGACGUGUAUGGAAGGACAAAACAGAACAGCUGCUAACGCAGGUGUCUUUGGUCGCAGAGGAGAGGGACAGAAACAUCAACAGAGUCCAAGAACUGGAGGCCAGCAUCACAGAGCUAAAGAAUGCUGCAGCAUUAUUGUCCCAGGAGAGAGAGGCUCAGGUUAAUGCAGAGCCUCAGUCCUCAGGGCCAUCGGAGAGUGAGGUGGCUCUGCAGGAAGCGCUUAACACUCUACAACAGGAGAAAGACGCUCUUAUUGCACAGUACCAGGCUCAGCUGCGAGAUAAUGAGCAGCUGAGCCGCCUUUGUGCAGAGCAGGAGACGCGUCUGGGAGAGCUGGAGCGGCAGGUGGAGAACCAAGUUCAGGAGGAAGAGGACCGCCGGCGCAUGCUGGAAGACGUUCAGUCAGACAAGGCCACCAUUAGCCGUGCUCUCACCCAGAACCGUACACUGAAGGAUCAGCUGGCUGAGCUACAGAACGGUUUUGUUAAACUGACUAAUGAGAACAUGGAGCUGACCACUGCCAUCCAGUCAGAGCAGCAUGUGAAAAAGGAGCUGGCUCGCAGAUUGGGAGAACUGCAAGAGGAACUGCACAACGUCAAAGAGCAGCUGGAGAUGAAAAGUACGGAAAGUCAGGGGUUGAUGGAGCAGAGGGACCAGGUAGUAGCCCACCUGCAGCAGUACUGUGCUGGCUACCAGACCCUGGCCUCAGAGAGAGAACAGCUCCACCACCAGUAUCUGCAGCAGAUCCAGCUCAUGGACCGGCUGCAGCACGAUGAAAGUCAGGGCCGUGUGCAACUGGAGAUCAGUCACAAUCAGCUCAAACAAGCGCAGGAGCAUUUGGAGAUGUUAGCCAGGGACAAUGAGCAGCUGAAGGCUGAGGUGAAGGAGCUGCUCAACAGCUCAGCUCUAGCACCGACAUCCAGAGACCAAGGUGAUGGAGUGGAAAGUCAGUCCCUGCAAGAGAGCCCAAAGAAGUCCUCCUCCAUAGUUAUCCCAGAGGACUUUGAGAGUCAGAAGGAGAUGGAGGAGUUUAUCCGAGGAGCUUUGGCUCAGUUGGAGGCGGAGAGGGAUGAGGCCAGAAGGCAACUGGAGGAGGAGCACAGGCUCCACAUGGCAGCCCGGCACCAGACCGCGUUGGCCCUCAGCCUUGAGCACCAACGCUACAGCCACAAACCUGUUCAUGACCACCAUCUCGAGCAUCACGACCAUCUCGAGCAUCACGACCAUCAUGAGCAUCAUGAGCAUCACGAGCAUGAUCACACUCAGGGCCAACAUAGUCACUGUGAACACAGUCACGAACAUUCAGAAGGAGGAGUACCGGUGGAAGUUCAUCAAGCUCUGCAAGCUGCCAUGGAGAAGCUUCAGCAGCGUUUCACCUCCCUCAUGCAAGAAAAAGCUGACCUGAAGGAGAGGGUGGAGGAACUAGAGCACCGCUGCAUCCAGCUCUCUGGAGAGACAGACACUAUCGGGGAGUACAUAGCCUUGUACCAGAGUCAGCGGGCCAUCAUGAAGCAGAAACACCAUGAGAAGGAGCAGUACAUCAGCAUGCUGGCCCAAGACAAGGAGGAGAUGAAGGCAAAGCUGGCAGAGCUGCAGGAUCUGGUGAUGAGGCUGGUGGCUGAGAGGAACGACUGGUACAGCCGCUACACCGGAGCCAUGUCCGGCGUGGGCACAGUGAACCCUGACCUGCUUCCUGUUGGGGAGGAUCAUGCUUACGCAGAGCACCAAGCGCACACACACACAGAGCUGAAUGCUGACAGUGGAGCAGAAGAAAUGGAGGUCAUUCCUCUGUCAGAGCCUCCUACAGGCCAGGAAGCCCUCUCGUCCCAGAUGCUUCCAACUGGGUCAUCCCAGACCGACUCCAAGCCCGUGGGACCCAAAGAGGACGGCACAGCCCAGCAGAUCAUGCAGCUGCUGCAGGAGAUCCAGAACCCCCAGGGAGCGCUAAGAUCACCCCCCUUCCUCGGGGAGAACCCCUGCAUCCCCUUCUUCUACCGGCCUGACGAACAGGAUGAAGUCAAGAUCCUGGUGGUGUGAGGUGUGGGUGUGAGAGAGGCUGGUGUGUUUGUGUGCGUGCGUGUGUGUGUGAGUGUGUGUAAGAUAUUGGACAUGUCUUGAAGUCUGGGGAAUAUUAAACACCACAGUUUACCAUAUUUGUAGCUUAUUUAUCAUAUUCACAAAUACCUGGUCACAGAUAUGGGAACAUCUUUGACCCAGUUACAUCAAAAUGCCCCCUCUCUGUUCUGUGUUGGCACCACGUGUGCAUGGUUAAAAAAAAGUAUUUUCUAUUUGUUGUUUUUGUUUUUCUUUGUCUAUGAUGCUCUUCCCAGAGUAGUGAUAAUCAGUAUUCCUUACCACAAUCUGAUUAUUCUCCUUACCGCAAUUUUUAGUUCCCAUCUUUCCUCUCGUCUCCUGUCUUACACAAAGUGCAAUAAAGGGGCCGUAUAUUCUGCCCCCUCGCUGAUAGAGUACUUAAAGAGCUGUCAAAAAAAAAGCAGCCAGUUUGUGUGUGACUUUAUUUUUAGUGCAAAUCUCAGUUUUACACAAUUCACUGUACAAAUGCAAAAAAAAAAAAAAAAAA